CCUUUGAUGAACCGGAGAGGGAACCCGAAAUAAAAUUCUCGCACAAGAACAAAAAACGAAAUGAAGAAUGUGAGGAUACUAGCAGUCGUGCCAUCGUUUCGAUAACAGCUGUAAUACUGACAAUACUUCAUCUUGGAACCGGAAGAAGUGUUGACUAAUUUGGAGCUAGUUGUCCGCAGAUAAAAAACAUGGAUACCUCUCCGGAUCCACUGCCUGUGGAGCCUGCUGGGCUGACUCAAGCUACCUCAGACACAGACAUCAGCCCGAAUACUGGAAACAACAGUAUGACCCUAUCGGUUGGCAACUAUAGCAAAGACCAGUUAGAUCCGGCAGCUAAACCAGGGCAGUGUGGUAUCUACAACUUAGGUAACACCUGUUUCAUGAACGCUGGUCUUCACUGCCUUAUGAACACCGCCCCUAUCAUCAAGUAUUUCCUCGACCAGUACUCCUGUAACGUCAAGUUUGGACCGUCCUUAGCGGCCCACUUUUACUGGCUAGCUUGUAAAUACUGGAGUGGAAAUUACUCCAUCAUCCAUCCCGGUGACUUCAAGACAUGUCUAGGCACAUUUCACGGCCAGUUUGAGGAUUAUAGACAGCAUGACUGUCAGGAAUUCUUGGCCCUAAUGCUGGACACGCUACACGAGGAGACAAACAAGAGUAAUGUGAUUUUUAUGGAGCGGCAAGGGUCACUUCCAUCUACAGAUACUCCCAAGUCUGAACAGGACCAACUCAACAACUCACUGGAUCAUAUAGCAGUGUCCACUUCCGAACUGACCGCCAUGCCUAAUGACCAGCUCAAUAACUCUUUGGACCAGAUCACUGUGUCUACAGCUGAAUAUACCACCACACAGAGUACCGAACACCUCAACAACUCUCAUGAACAACAAUCAAAUUCUUCAGAACAAUUGAAUAAUUCGGUUGAGAAAAAAUGUGUAGAUGCAGUUGAAACCCUCUCAAGCUGUGAGGCUGUGGCAAGCAGGACGGGGGAGAGAAGUACGAAAGUCCAACACCAGCAUACUUUGGAACAGUUAUGUCCCCUUGUCGAAGGAGAGAUGAGCUCAAGAAAUGACUUCAGUUUCACAGGUCAGCAGAAUUUGGAUGAUAUGUCCACGUUACGUCCACUACUUAAUAAUUCCACUGAGUUCAAACAAACCCUGCCGUCCUUACAUCAGUUUUAUGCUAAAGAGUCCAAGACUCUCAACACCAAUGUCCUCCUAGACAAGGGGAUUGAAGGGGAAUCGCUCAACACAGACUCGCACAAGUUUGCCAAACAAGACAAUGAUAGCCCUUUGAGAUUAAAUGAGGUAAAUUUACUUCAGGACACGGCUCCAAUGGAGAUAGACAAGAACGACUGCCCGAAAGGUCUGAAGGACGUUAACAUACAAGCUGAUAAGUGUAAGAAGGCCUCCAUUGGGAUUGCCCUGUGUUUUGUUGAACAGGACUCGCUGACUGGUCAAACCACUAAGAAAAACACUGAUGGUGGAUCAAUGUGCUUUGAUCCAGAUGUAGAUAGUGUGAAGCGGAUGAAAUUUGAAACCACCGAAAAAAAUUUCCAACAUCAAGCGUUCAGUAAGCUCAACAGAAACGUGUCAGAUUUAGAGGGUUCCUGCAGCACGGCAUUACAAGACAUUAAAAUCAGAGCUGAUGUCAUCGCUGACAGUCCAAAAUCCACAGACACAGAUAUCAAACUAGAGGACGAGGUCGAGUCAAGUUCAAUCCUCGGUCUGUCAGAGUCAGUUGGAGCCCAGCAGUUGGAGGAAGAUGAAGACGAGGAGGAUGAUGAUGAAGAUGAAGAAGAUGCUUUGUGUGAUGCAGCUGAUCAGGCGUGGGACUCCUACAUCAAACGACAUAACAGUAUAGUUGUGUCCACAUUCCAGGGCAUGUUUAAGUCUACGGUGAUCUGCUCCGACUGUAGUCAUGUAUCUGUGACCUUUGAACCUUUCAUGUACCUGUCUAUACCUCUCCCACAUAGCAUGGAGCGACAAAUAUGUGUAUGGGUGAUGCCUGUCACUGGCAUUCCAACCAAGUACUUACUAACUCUACACAAAAAUGACAAGAUCCGCACCGUCAAAGAACAGCUGAAGGCUUACACUGGAGAGCAGGAUCUUGUCAUGACUGAAGUGUUGGAGGGACAUAUAGCCAAGACUCUGGAUGACAACGUUGCACUGCGAUUUGUGAAUGACACCACACGAUUAGUGUUUGCAUACCAAAUGCCACCACCGCCCGAAAGUGCUAAACAAUCAAACACCAGUGAUAACCAGGCUGACGUCUUCAGCAAGAUGGACACUUUUGUACCAGGAGUGUCACAGCUGGAGGACAAAAGCCUCAGUCUAAACGCUGAUGUGUAUACACCAGACCACGUGUGUAAUCAAGACGACAACCAAGGGGGAAAUUAUAUAGAAGUUACAGAGAGUAUGAUGGGUGAAUCUACUGUGAUAUCUAAUGUGGUUUCUGGACAGGAGGAGUGUGACCCCUCUGUGACCUUGACAGUUGAGAUGGCAGUAGACAGUAUGGAGGUGGAGCCUCCGCCAAGAACUGACCUUUCUCUGUCAGACGACAACCCAUACAUGAUGGAUGCUGGGUCCUCCCAACUCCAGCCUGAUCUCUCAAACACUGCUUUAUGGGGAGAACAGAACGAAACCUCGGCUAGCUGGGGUUAUCACCCUACUUCUCCCGAAAAUCCAGUCAUGUCCGAAACCUUUCCAUCUUCAGCAACACAGGAAUCUAUUGAGACGUGGAUUUCGGAUAAUAUGCCUGUGACAGACGGUUCCGGGUCAACAGUAGCUCCCUCUGUGGUGACCCCUGACCAGUGGAAGUCAUGUGCAAUUUGUCUUGAGGAUCUGAUGGAUAUUGAGCUGAUGGUCCACCAGCAGUGCGGCGGUACCUUCUGUCAGACUUGUCUAGAGAUGUCAGUGAGGCAUUACGGAGAGGAAAGUUACACAUGCCCAGUUUGCUCAGCGCCUGCUGUUCUAACAGAGGACUUCAUUUCUCUAGGGGCAGACAACUCUGAUCAGCCUGUCAAAAUCCGAGUGAUCUCAGUGCCAGUCACAUUUAACAUCUGUGCUGAGAAUGGAGAUCGCAGACUCAUAAGUCAUCCUCGUCCAUUGCAUCUGACUAACACCAUGUCUGGAAUGGAGCUAUAUGACUACAUAGAUAAACAGUGUCCAGUCAGCGUGUCCUACACACUAGCUAUCACUGAUGGCCAGGGCCUACACUGUUCCCGAUGUGACUUCUCGUCCAAGUGCCAGGGAUGUCUGAUAACUCGAGAGGAUGACGUUGUGUUUCGCCCUGGAGACAACUUGGCUGUAUGCUAUGGAGAACUGACCCGGGAAGAGUUUGCCAGGGCAGAGGCCUACCACAUGGAUAAGUCAAUGGAACAGCUCCGACCUGAUAAACCUCUUCACAUAAACGACUGUCUGGAGGCUUUUACUGAAAGUGAGGUGCUGGAUGAGCACAACCCCUGGUUCUGUCCUCGGUGCGAGAGAAACCAGUGUGCGAAGAAGACGAUGACGGUAUGGCAGUACCCCGACAGACUCAUCAUCCACCUCAAGCGAUUUAUGUUCCACGAGCUAUCAAGUACAAAGGUUGACAACAACGUUGUUUUCCCAUUGGAGGGCCUAGACUUAACCCAGAUGAUCUCUGGGCCAGACACCAAGUGUCCGCUGUACGACUUGUACGGGAUUGUCUGUCAUUUCGGAGGAGCCAAUGCGGGACACUACACUGCAUAUGCUCAGCACCCACAAGAUCAUGCGUGGCAUUACUACAAUGACGAGACCAUCACACAGCAGGAACCCAACUCUAGCGACUUCAGCAAUGCUUACAUCCUCUUCUACCAGCGGCAGGGGACAGAGGUGCAGUUUGAUUUCCAAGAGUUUCUUACUCGCCACAAAAUUGAAAGCCUAAUGGUGCCAGUCACCCCGGCAGACCAAGUCUUCAUUGGUCCUCUCCCACAAAACAACCAUGAUAAUGGACCAAAUACUUCACAAGGCAGCUGUGAUCAGAACCAGGCAGGGGACAUUGCUGUUGCUUCUUGAAUUAUUUACUUACCUGGCCCUAAGGGCCAAGUGAGCUUAUGAUAUAGCACAGAGUCUGUCGUCUGCUGGCGUUAACUUUUUUCUUUAAACCACUUGUUCUCAUAACCAAUAGGCCCAGGGUGAUGAUAUUUGGCCAAUAGUAUGCUAGAAUGAAUGACUAAAUGGUACCAAGUUUGGUCAAAUGAAUACCUUGACCCAUUUUCAAGGUCAAAUGAAUGAUCUGCACCCUUUUCAAGAUCACAGGGGUCAAAUAUAUUGAAAUAUUUGAACAACUGAAAGACCAUGGGUGAUGGUAUCUGGCCAGUAGUAUGCAUGGUUGGAGGGCUACAAAGUUUGUUCAAGUAAAGAUCCUUAACCAACUUUCAAGGUCAUAUGGAUCAACUGUUUAAAAAUAAAUCUCUUAAUAACCAAAAGGCCAAAGAUGGUGAUAUUCGGCCUGUUGCUUAAUUAAGCCUAUUUUCAUAUGUUAACCCUUGGUCCACUUUGGAGGUUACUGAUGUGAGAUUAGUACCAGGUGAGCAAUUCAGGCCUAUUGGACCUCUUGUAGAUAAUUAACCGUUUGUAUAAAACUGUACUUGUGUAAAUUAUGUUUCAUUAAAGUGUGUGCUAGUCGAGGCUAUUCUCCGUCUAUUGGGUUUAGAAGAAAUUUCCCAUAAAGCACACAUACCUUGUGUUGUGGAAAACUGAUUUUUUUUUAAUGUGUAAAUAUUUUACUAAAUUUUCAAAGUGUUAUCAUAAGAUGUUAUCUAGCUGUGAGAUUAGAAGCUAUUUCAUGUGACUAGACUGCAGUUGUUUAAAUUAUAGGAAAAGAUGGGUAUGGUUUUGUCACAGACUUUCAGUUGGUCAACCUGAGAAUUGAUUGUUAAUUGUACUUGCCAAUUACAACCAUUUGGAAAAUGGCCAAGAUUGUAAUUUUCCAUGAGAGUAAUUAUACACCCAUUUAUAAUAUAAGAGAAAAUUUGUUUUCCACUCUUUCUAUGUAACCUUAGGUUUUUACAGCAAGGUGAGAGCAAGUCAUAGAUUCUGUGUGAUUUAAAAUACUCAUUUGUUGUUAGUCUGCAUUUUGGAAGUGAAUGAAAACUGUGGUUUAUUUGAUGUUAAGAUAAAGCAACACAAAAGUUUUAUAUCUUCAAUAAGAUGCAUCAGUUUGGAAACAUGAAAUAUCAAAAUUUACUUGAUACACAAUCAAUGUAUGUCAAGCUUGACACAAGGACUAGUAGUCGGUCUUGAAAUGUUGCGACACGUUUCAUACAUACAUUGUUUGUGCAUAAAGUAAAACUUCAAAACGACACAAUCUUUGCUUACCAAAAUCACUUUUCCAUAAACAAUGUAUCAGAACAUUUUGACAAGGGGACUUUUUUGUUAAAAAAGGAGACGAAUAUAUACCUAGUUUUGUAUAGUGAGAAAGGAUAUGUGACCUAGUUUUAUAGGGUGAGAGGUUGCACAACAUAAAUAGUGAUACCUGUCUAACCUGAUCAAGUAUCCUCGACACACUGUCCAAUCUGACAAAAUGCUGUAAUCCUCUGCCUUAGUUAAUAACCUUAUACAACCUAUAUAUUCCUAAAUAAUAUCGGGCCAGUAUGUUGUGUCCUGCAGCGUCGAGUGAGAGCGAUUUCACUGUAGUUGAAUGGUUCUUACUUAUGAGAUGCCUCAAUACCUACACUACAAAACCAUAUUGUAUCUAGGUUGGGGAUUCAUUGCUAUUAACACAAAUGGUUUUCGGUUGCCAUGCUGAAAUUUGCUCACGAAGCUUUCAAAACAAUUUGACCAUUCCAUAGAGAGAUAAAUUAAAACAGUUUCUUACAGUUGUUUCUCCAUUUUGUUUUGAAAUAGGUUAAGUUUUGCAGUAUGGGGAAAUUUGAAUUUGAUCAUUUCUUGAUUGUUUGAAGAAAAAGGAUUUGCUUGGUCUAGAAUUCAAAAUGAUGAUGUUUGGACGGAAACAGAAAAACACUUUUUUGUACUGAAAAUUUGUUGUCCUGAUAUGACCUUCGGUGAAAGAACAGCAGUUUCUGGUAAUUUCUGAGGUAGAAACAAGACUGUGAUUUACAUUAAGUUUCUUUGCUGUGAUAACUACCAUUUGCAUCCCAAUGUAUGUAUAUUGAAAUAUAUACCUGCGUUUGUAAUUGUCAUGUAUUAUAAAACCUAGAAUGUAUGUAUGUCAAAGUGCUUCGAGAAUGCUUAGCAAUGAUUUGUAUUACCGUGCUACAACAUACUUGAUUGAAUCUUGAAUUUUACUCACUGGGGG